GUGGAAUGUUUUCCAUGGAGGAAUUAGAGGAAGGGGAGAUACCGGGCUUCUGAAAAUUUGGAAUUCGUUGCCUCAAGGCAACAAGAAACCAGAUGCUGUACCAAGCAUCAUCUGUUGAAUUAAAAAACGGUGGCUCGGAGCGAUUGCUGGUGCCGGAGAGGGAUGUGGAAGAGGGUAAAAAAAGUCUGGUUUGAAAAGAAAAACAAAACAUCAAAGGAGGGUUUAAUGAAAAAACCAAAGCCCUAGACAAAAAACGAGGGUUAGAGCUUACCUGAUGACCGGAGUGAUCGCCGGUGCCGGAGAUGGGGGCGAAGAUUCGAGCUCGGGCAGAGAAUAGGGCUCCGAUUUGAGCUUGGGGGGAAUAUGGGAAAAGCUUGUAGAGUCGCAGACUAAAGCCCUUUUGAAUGAGUUUUGCAGCUAACGGGCAGGGUUAACGUCCGUCUAUUUAGCGUCGCACGCAGGAACGCUCCACCGCGUACGACUGGACAAGUGUCUCGCACGUCGUGUGGGGUGAAGCGCGGUGGGGGGGCGGUAAUGCGAACUCGGUGGAGUUUCCCGUAAAACUAAUUUGUUUAGUGGGGUCGAGUGGUCGACGGGGGUUUCGAAUGCCGUAGCAGGCUAUUCGAGAUUUCGUUUUCUGAGGUGGACCUACCCAUAAAAACCCCCAUUUAAACCCAAAAAAUCCUGUACAUUAGAAGGGGAGCCGCUGGCCCACUGCAACCUAUUGUUUGAAAAUCAACUAAACUGUUUGAAACUAACUGCAAUUCACUAUUGUUCCACUGUUCUACGCCAUUGUGAACCGCCAUAUAGACGCCAUUGUCAACUGCUAUUUAGCCUUUCUAGUUUCUACUUCACUGUUUUUACUUUUUUGUGUUUCUCCCGAGAAGAGGAGGCAAGAGAGAUAGAGAGAGAGAGAGAGAGAGAGAGAUAAAGCUUGUCAUUCUGUUUUUUUCCAUCUUGGUAGCGGAAGAGGAAGCCGUGGUUGCGCUUGGAUCCCAGGCUAUUGUUAGAAACACAGGAUCAGAAGUGCAUAAUUUAGCCAUUGACUCGGCCAUAAUCAAAAGUUUCAAUGAAGCUCAGUCCUUCAAUGGUGUUGCGGCCUGUUUGCUUAUUCAUUGCUCUGGGAUUGGUGGUGUUGCUAAUUCCUAAUUUAGUUAUCACAGCUUGGUAUAUUACAACUAGUCGGAUUGAGCACACUGUUAAAUUGAUUUCAAUUGCUGCCCAUAACCAAUCACGCUUGAGCAUUGAAACAAGAGGAAAAUUAUUACUUCCACUAAAUUCAUCAACUGUGGAUGUAGCAAGAGUUUUAAGUUCCUAUCUUAAUGGGAGUGAGUUGUCAUUCUCUACAGUAGAGACUAAGGUGGCUCCACAUUUGUUUUUGAUAUUUUUGGCAGUUCCAGAUUUGACACAAAUUUCAUAUAUUGGAGUGGAUGGCAUCUUAUUCUCAUAUUACAAGCACCACAAUCAAACUCUUGUAGUGUAUUCUAAUACCUCAAAUUCUUCGCUUGGGUCUACUCAAAAUGCCACUAUUGUGCAUCAUUGGUAUACACAACUAGUAGAUCACGAGACUGGGAAACGAGUUGGACAAGCACUUACUUUGAACUCUGUGGCUAUUGUAAAUGAAGCAUGGUUUCAAGAAGCCUUGAAUAGAAAAAAUGGAUAUGCUUCAUUAAGGACAGCAUGGAUUGAAGCUAAAGAUCUCUUGUUCCUUCACACAGUUUCUAUAAAUGGAAAAGGGGUGAUCUCUCUUGGGUUUCCAGCAAUUGCUUUAAGAAGUUUGUUUUCUGAUAUAUAUCUUUAUGGUGGGUACUUAUACUUGGCUACAAGAGAUGGGAAAGUUCUUACACAGACCGGGCCUCCAAAUACUAACAUAAUAUUUGAUAAUAAGAUGGUCUCAAUCCAAAUAAUGAAACCAAAUAGUGAUUUGGUGGGUCGGGUUUUUAACAUCUCAUGUGAACCUCAAAAUUGCACUUUACAAGCUUUUGGCGUGAAUGUUUGGGGAUUGAAGUAUACGUUAUAUUGUGGCCUUCUUGAACUUGGUGGAGUUCAAUUGGUUUAUGUGUAUAGCUUUCCUCAGAAGGGAUUACUUGACCUUAUUCAUGGGGACAACAAGCUAUCAUUUUUGUUGUUGUUAGUGAUGCUCGCUUCUGUUGUCCUCUCCAUUGUUUUUUUCGUUCUAUUCAUUGUUAGAGCCGCAAGAAGAGAGAUUUUCCUAUGUGGAGCUCUAAUAAAACAAAUGGAGGCUACUCAACAAGCAGAGAGGAAAAGUAUGAACAAGAGCCUUGCUUUUGCUAGAGCUAACCAUGAUGUUCGUAAUUCUCUUUCUGCAAUUACUACUUCAAUUGAGCUCUGUUGUCAUGAGGUUGCCCCUGAUUCUGAUUUAAAGAGGAAUUUGAUACAAAUGGAUGCAAAUGCAAUGGAUCUUUUACGGAUAUUAGAUUCUGUUCUCGAUACAAGUAAAAUUGAAGUUGGAAAGAUGCAACUUGAGGAAGAAGAAUUCAAUUUGGCAAAACUCCUAGAGGAUGUAGUUGAUUUGUUUUAUCCCAUUGGUGUGAAGAAAGGAAUAGAUGUUAUAUUGGAUUCUUAUGAUGGUUCUCUUUUCAAAUUUUCUCUUGUUAAGGGUGACCGUGGGAAACUCAGGCAGAUACUAUGUAAUUUACUUAGCAAUGCUGUGAAGUUUACAUCAGAGGGCCAUGUUUCAGUUCGGUCUUGGGCUAAGAAACCAAGCCUAGAGAAUUGCAUACUUGCUUCUAAACGUGGUGGUUUUUGGAGUUGCUUCUCAAGACUAAUUUACAAGAGUAAUAAAGCAUAUGAUAAAUUGGGUUCACUUCAUCCAGUCCAACAAAAUCCAAAUUUUACAGAAUUUGUAUUUGAGGUAGAUGACACUGGUAAAGGAAUUCCAAAGGAGAAGCAAGAAUCUGUAUUUGAGAAUUUUGUUCAGGUCAAGGAAACUGAUCUUGGACAAGAAGGCAUAGGACUAGGACUUGGUAUAGUUCAAUCAUUGGUACGUCUUAUGGGUGGAGAGAUAGUAAUUGAAAAUAAGGGGAUUGGUGAAAAAGGCACUUGCUUUAAAUUUAACAUUUUUCUUGCUACAAGUGGGACCACAACUGUUCCUGUUGUACAAGAGGAAGAUACUAAAUUACAAGGUGAUCACUUAAAUGAUUCAUAUCAGUUGGGGUAUAAUAUUUGGAACCAAAGUCCCAGGUCAGAAGGUUCUCAUGUUGUGCUCCUAAUUCAAGGUGAUGAAAGGAGACGGAUCUCACAAAAGUUGAUGGAGAGCCUAGGCAUUAAAGUAUCGGUUUUAAGUCGAUGGGAACAUCUAUCACCUACCCUUCAGAGGAUGAAGAACAAGUUGCGCCUUAUCCAUUACAGUUCGUCAGGGAAAUCUGAGUUGGGUUCGCUUAGUGAUAGUUUGGGCAAUUCACCAUCAUAUAAUCCUAAUGUCGGAGUAAGAGAUGGGUGUGCAAGUAUCAAAGAUGGAUCUGACUACAUUCUGCCUCUCCACAUAAGAGCAAGUUUUAGAAGUGCUUUAAAUUUCCUACUGAUUGUGAUUGAUGUUAGUGCUGGACCUUUUUUGGAUAUGCGUUCAGUUGUGGCUAACUUUAAUAAAGAGCUCUAUAAUCAUACUCAAUGUAUGGUUGUUUGGUUAAACAAAUCAAUUACUUGUGACCCUGAUUUGAGAAGCAUCAAAGAAAACAUGCUAGCUUCAUAUGAGCAAAUUGUAUCCCAGCCUUUUCAUGGGUCCAGUUUAUACCGAGUACUAAGUCUGCUACCAGAAUUUGGUGGUACAAUCCAAUUUCAUUUACCCAAACCAAGGAGGGAAGCCACAUUAGAAGUCACACAACCAUCUAGAGAUCCCAGUCUAUCUCCAGAGCAGAUUCAUGCAGAAACCAAUUGUGGAAUUUUGCAACAGCACCACAAGAAGCCCUUGAGUGGAAAGAACAUAUUGAUUGUUGAAGAUAGUGCAGUAUUGCGCAGGCUGAAUUCAUCCCUUAUUUCUCGUCUAGGUGCUGUUGUUGAAUUUUGUGAGAAUGGGGAAGAAGCAGUUGACCGAGUUUUUGAGGCUCUAAGUAAAACUUAUCAAAGAGAGCAAGGGCCUUCUGUAGUUCUUCCUUAUGAUUAUAUUUUCAUGGACUGUGAGAUGCCGAUAAUGGAUGGGUAUGAAGCAACUAGGCAAAUACGAAUGGAGGAGAAGCGGUAUGGUAUUCAUAUUCCCAUAAUAGCAUUGACUGCUCAUGCAACAAGUGAGGAGAAAGCCAAGACAAAACAGGCUGGAAUGGAUUUACAUAUAACUAAACCAGUAAAAGGAGAAAGUUUGUUGGAUGUCAUCCGUAUGAUUGAUAUGAGAAAUCUUUUAUCUUAUAAUCAGAGGCAACCGAUAUGUUACACAAAGUAACAUUUCUAAUUUUGAUAUAGCUGCAACAAUUCUCUAUGAGCUCAGAACUUCAGAAACUUGCAAAAUGUUGAAAAGUUCUCUUUGAACUUUUCCACUUUUGGACCUCAGUUUCUGGAGAUAUAUGUGAUGAGCAGCAGUACUACAACACCUAGAAAAAAGUCAAUCUUGCAGAUCUGGUGGGAGGUGCAGGUCUUCUGAUAAUAUGCAGAAAAAGGCGAAGAAGUUGAAGGUGAUGGGUGAAGAAAUGGAGGAAGAGGAAAAGGAUUUCAAGGAGCAAGAGGAGAAUAAUGAGUUGAUUUUAAACCAAGUGAGAAAGUAAAAAAUUGGAUUUGGAGAAGUUAGUAGAAAAGGAAGUUUAAUUAAUCAAAAUGUUGGGACUCUUUUUUAUGGGAGGGGAAGAAGUUGCAAGAAUUUAUUUUUUGGACCUAGAAAAGAAGAAUGGCUUUGAUUGAUAUUUCUGGUAUGGAGUUGUGAUAUGUAUGGGUUUAGGCCGUUCGGCGUUUUUUGUUGCGAGGAUUCGGAUUUUGAAGGUCUGGAUGGGGAAGGUGUUUGUGUCUAAAGGCUCUUUUUAGGAGGGUGGCUGAUUUUGGGGGCUGCUUUUUUCUUUUUGUGGGUGACAUCUAAUCACCUUUCUUGUAUUCUCUUUCUUUUUCUUAUUAAAAUUCUUUUUUAUUUAUAACAAAAAAAUAUUGUUUUUUGAGAAACUGAGUAUGUUGUAGAAAAUUUGGUAUUUUAGUUAA